AUGAGGGACCGGCUGGCGGAGCUGCAGCAGCGAGCGGCGGCCGAGGGGGACCCGCACGACGACUGCCCGCGCUUCGACAACCCCGCGUUCGUCGGGGACGACGCCAGCCCCGUGGGCCGGGCGCUGCGGGAGGCGGCCGAGCUGUGGCGGGCGCUGGAGCGGCUGGAGCAGCUCUCGGAGAGCAUCGACAGGACGCAGCAGUCGGUGCUGUGCUGCACCUCGGAUGAGAGCAUCGCCCGCCACACCCUGCAGCCCCGGCUGGGAGCGCUGCCGGCGGCCCCGGCCGGGGGCUCGGGGCGAGCGGGGCCCCGCGUCCGCCAGACCCAGCUGUGGCUGCUGCUGCGCCGCUACGGCGCCGUCCUCGCCCGCCACUACGCCCGCGAGAGCCGCUACCGGCACCGGCUGAAGGAGCAGAUCCAGAGGCAGGCGGAGCUGGCGGGCAUCAACCUCGGCGCCCAGGACGUGGAUGUGCUGGCCGAGAGCCCCCAGGGGCCUCGCAUCGUCGGCCGCGACCUGGAGGAGCUGAAGGCCAAGCACCACCUGGGCCUGGCCCAGGCGCGGCAGCGGCAGCUGCUGGAGCUGGAGGCGCAGAUGCUGGAGCUGCGCGGGCUGUUCGUGCAGCUGGAGGGGCUGCUGGCCCAGCAGCACGGCGCUGCCGACAGCGUGGAGCUGCACGUCCUGCGCACCCUGGACUACGCGGCGCAGACGGGCGGCGGCGUGAAGAGAGCGGCCAAAUACCAGCGGCCGUCGCGGCGCUCGGCCCUGCUGAGGGCGGCCCUGGGCCUCUGCUCCUGCUGCCCCUGCCUGCCCUGCCCCGGCCGCGGCCUGCGCUGA